AUGUUUAGUGAUCUUAAGUUCUACAUCGUUCGUUGUCUACUCAAUGAUUAUGACAAACAAUUGACCAAUAUACUGAUUGCCAAUGAGCAGCCAUCACUGUCUCUACCAAAUUCAAUCAGGAAACUAUUGUCAAAGGACAAGAUUACCAGUCCAUUCUUAUAUAAGGACAUUGGAAUGGCCAUUAGAUGA